UAUGUAAACACCAUUUUACUUGUAUACACGAGUACAACCGACGGCAUGCUAACUAAUUACGGAAUUUUAAUAUUCUCUCUGUUCUUUUUGGUGCACGGUGCAGAGAUAUUUAGAAGCUGCGGAAGAAAUGAGGCAUUUUUUAAAAGUGGUUGCAAAUCUUACUGCCACGACGUUCUCAAUUUUACUUGUACACGCGAAAUGAAACAUCCGGGAUGCUUUUGUGAUUACUUUUAUAUUCGAGACAAAGAUACGAAUGUUUGCAUUACAGAAAAAGAGUGCAGCCUUCGUGUGUGUCGUAAACCAAACACCGAGAUCAGUUUUCUUUACGAAUUCGUGGUUUGUGUCGGUGACGGAGAAGCCCGCUUUGGAUACAUAACCGACGAUUACGCCAGGUGUAGUUGCAAGUGGGGUUACGCCGAAAACAAAGAGAAAGAGUGCAUUCCUAUAUCCGAAUGUACAGGUUAAUACGCGGUAUUUUGAACUCUAACACCAUUUGAAACUAUAAUUCUGUUUAUUAAAGGCAAAAGUAUUAAAAGAUCCUUUAUAAUGUUAGUUUAGCUUUCUUUUGUAUUAAACUGCCAACUAGGAGUAAACUUUUAAUGCAUUAA